AUGGCCGGCGUGUGCUGCCCCUGCCCUGCAGACAGACCUGCCUGCCCCCAGCUCAAGGCGGACACCAGCAAGGCACGGCUGCCAGGAGCCCAGGAGGAGUGGGCACUUCGAGUGGCUGGAGGCCUGCACACGAGGCAGGAACAUGCAGCCAGGACCAAGGGCGCCCAUGGUCCCCAAAGAAACGGAAACAUUUUUCCAAACCACACUCGCCUUCCGAAACAGGGGGCGAAAGUAGACCCUAAAAGAAACGAGGCGCUGCCCACCCGUGACCCCCAGGACCUAGAGCCACCUGGGCGUCAGCGGAGUGACAGGAGAACACGCGACACCCUCGGGAACCAACUCAGUGCGUGGGGGCCCAGGAGGGGGUCACGCACCAGGGGCGCAGGUGGGCCCAGGAACGCGCGCUCUUCCCGCGACCCCAGCCACCCGGCCUGGCCAGAGACCACACCUGGAAACCCGUCGGAUUCCAGCCCCGCCGCCAUAGGCCAGCGUCUACACCUGCUCACACCCCCUCGCAGGGAGGCCACCGAGCUGCUACCUGACCUGACACCUGCGCCGCUGCCCAGGGGAGCCCGGCGAGGGCCCCGAGUCCGGCGCGGGGAGGGAACCCCGGCGUCGGCCCCCUCCAGCCCCGCGCCCCCGGCUGCGGGUCCUGCCCGGGUCCCCGCCGUGCCCUGCUCCGAGGGCGCGGAGACCAAGCGACCCCGCCGCCGGCGAGGAUCACCCACCGCGCUGCGCUCGCUGCUCCCAGGCCGCCUCUCCGCCGCUCCGGCCCCAAGUGUGCGCAGCGCGGGGCCCCGGGGCCGCCGGCGCCGCCUUCCGGGGUCGAAGACGCGGGCCGCCAGGGCCGGAGGCUCGUCCUCGCUGCGCGCGGCGGCGGUGACUGACGGCGGCUGCUCCCGGGGCGGCGCGCACCCCGCCUCCCCUCCCCCGUCCCUCCCCCGCCUCCCGGGCUUCCUGCGAGCCAGGUAA